GGCGCCUCCUCGCGUGCGACGCGCGGAAUCCCACUGAUUAUCGCGUGGGACCGCCGCACCUGUUCGUCGGCGGGCAUCGAUAUAAGUAGUUGUUCGGCUCAUCCCAGCCGUAUAUCCGUCGACCGGUGUCAUGCUGCUGCCGCUUGCCAUCCUAUUGGCCACCGUCGGCCCGGCCCCGGCGCAGACGCCGCCGGCUCCGCCCCUGGACGUGGUCGUCUACUACGAGGCCCUGUGUCCCGACUCGCGCCACUUCGUCGUCGAACAGCUGGCGCCGGCCUGGCGCCGCGUCGGCGCCGCUGUCCUGGCACCGAGCUUCGUGCCCUGGGGCAAGGCGACGGCGAACGCCACGGACGCCGGCCCCAGCGUCACGUGCCAGCACGGCCCCGAGGAGUGCUGGGGUAACCGGCUGCACGCGUGCGUCAUCUACGACACGCGCACCACGGACGCUCGGCUGGAAGCGGUCACUUGCCUGAUGGCCGACUACGAGACACUGAACGCGACGGCGCCCGGCUGCGUGCGCGCAGCUGGGCUCGACUGGGAGACGGUGAGCCGGUGCGCCGUCUCGGACGUCUCCCUGGAGAAAGAGCUUGAGUUCGGCCGGCGCACGCAGGCUCUACAGCCGCCGCUGACGUCCGUGCCGACAAUCACGCUGGACGGCAGCCAGGACGGCCAGGCGGCCAUGCUCGCCGACCUCCUGUUCUACGUCUGUGAGACGUGGGCGCGGAAGACCGGUCAUACCCCAGAGGGCUGCGGCCCGCGAUGAGUCGGCGUCGGUUGCCAGCUGGCGCCGCUGCAGGACCGGCUCUGGCCCCGCUGCAGGACCGGCUCUGGCGUCGCUGUAGGACCGACUCCGGCGUCGCUGCAGGAUCGGCUCUGGCGCCGCUUCAGGACCGGCUUCGACGCCAGGAACAGUCAUGGGCUCAUCUGCUGCGGCCAAAGAUUUCGGGAAAACGCUCGUAAUAAACGGGCGAAGUGCCGACCUAUUGGACAUGCAACUCGGGGCCGUGGUCCGGGAAUUUCCGACGCACAAACACAUCAGGAAUCCGUCGUUACACUCCGGCAUCUGUGUUUUACUGACGGUAGCUGUGUAGGUCUUGCAUGAAUGCCACAUUUGGCCGUAUUCCUCCCUUUAGUGGUGCCAGGGAACGGUCCAGUAGCGGCCUGUGUCACGUUCAUCACCUGCCCGCUCUGUGCGCGCCGCUGAGGUCGUAACUCCCCCGGUAGCUUCGGCUGGGCCAUGUAAUCGCACUUUGCCAAUGGCAAAGUCUUGUCAUCAGCUGGGAGAGGAGUUGGCUAAAUAUACGAAGCAUCUUUUUGGUGGCUACAAAUCAAAGCUCUGCGCUUUUGAGCCCA